AGGUUGAAACGUUGUUGUGUCAUCUCAGGGAUGCAGUAGCCUAUCGUGGGUUUCUUGGAGCAGCAACUCAAACCAAUAAUAAGCAGAUGAUACCAGUUAAACAGUGUCUGGCAGACUACGUCAGCACAGUGGCAACACCGCACAAGCAACAUCAAAGAGUGGGGGACUUUUGUGUUCCCGAGUCAGCGGGAAACAUGCCCAGUAUCUCAGCUGCCAAAGCGGCUGCAGUUUCUACAUAAGAUCUCUAUAGAUCUUGUAACCAUGUCUGUUAGCGCAACAGAGAGUGAUCCUCCUAGAUUCUUCGUGGGUGGAGAAGAUGGAGAAGAAUUACUGGAUUCAACCCGAUCUACAGAUUAUGAACACUUCUAUGACCAUGGGGAAGAAGAGGAGGAAGAGUAUGACUCUCCACCAGAAAGACAAAUUGCAGUUGGGAUUUGUUCAAUGGCUAAGAAAUCCAAGUCUAAACCAAUGAAAGAAAUUCUUGAACGCCUCUCCAUGUUUAAGUACAUAACUGUGGUAAUAUUUGAAGAAGAUGUUAUUUUGAAUGAGCCAGUAGAAAACUGGCCUUUAUGUGACUGUCUCAUUUCUUUUCAUUCUAAAGGAUUUCCACUGGACAAAGCAGUUGCCUAUGCAAAACUCAGGAAUCCAUUCAUAAUCAAUGACUUGAAUAUGCAGUAUCACAUACAAGACAGGAGAGAAGUAUAUGGUAUUCUUAAAGCUGAAGGCAUUUUACUUCCUCGCUAUGCAGUUCUGAACCGUGAUCCAAACAAUCCCCAAGAAUGCAACUUGAUUGAAGGAGAAGAUCACGUGGAAGUGAAUGGAGAAAUUUUCCAAAAGCCUUUUGUAGAAAAGCCAGUUAGUGCUGAGGACCACAAUGUUUACAUUUAUUAUCCAACAUCUGCUGGGGGUGGAAGGCAGAGGCUCUUCCGAAAGAUUGGCAGCAGAAGCAGUGUUUAUUCGCCUGAAAGCAGUGUGAGAAAAACAGGCUCCUAUAUUUAUGAGGAAUUCAUGCCUACAGAUGGCACUGAUGUGAAGGUGUACACAGUGGGUCCAGACUAUGCUCAUGCUGAAGCGCGGAAGUCUCCAGCUCUGGAUGGCAAGGUAGAAAGAGAUAGUGAAGGAAAGGAAGUGAGGUAUCCAGUCAUCCUGAAUGCAAGAGAGAAGUUAAUUGCUUGGAAAGUAUGCCUUGCCUUUAAACAAACAGUUUGUGGCUUUGAUUUGCUUCGUGCUAAUGGACAGUCCUAUGUCUGUGAUGUGAAUGGCUUCAGUUUUGUGAAAAACUCCAUGAAAUACUAUGAUGAUUGUGCUAAGAUACUGGGAAAUAUCAUAAUGAGAGAACUUGCUCCCCAGUUUCAGAUACCAUGGUCAAUUCCUUUGGAAGCUGAAGACAUCCCUAUUGUGCCAACCACCUCUGGAACAAUGAUGGAGCUUAGAUGUGUUAUAGCUGUAAUACGCCAUGGGGACCGAACACCAAAACAAAAAAUGAAAAUGGAAGUAAAACACCAGAAGUUUUUUGAUCUCUUUGAAAAAUGUGAUGGUUAUAAAUCUGGAAAACUAAAACUGAAAAAACCAAAGCAGUUGCAGGAAGUGCUUGAUAUAGCAAGGCAACUCCUUGUAGAACUUGGGCAAAACAAUGAUUCUGAAAUUGAAGAAAGUAAAGCAAAACUUGAGCAGCUAAAGACCGUGUUAGAAAUGUAUGGGCAUUUUUCAGGCAUAAAUCGCAAAGUUCAGUUAACAUAUCUUCCUCAUGGUUGCCCAAAGACUUCCAGUGAAGAGGAAGAUAAUAGAAGAAAUGAGCCAUCCCUGCUUCUGGUUCUAAAAUGGGGAGGAGAAUUGACCCCUGCAGGCAGGGUUCAAGCAGAGGAGCUUGGAAGGGCUUUCAGGUGUAUGUAUCCAGGUGGACAAGGAGAUUAUGCUGGAUUUCCUGGAUGUGGUUUACUUAGAUUGCAUAGCACUUACCGACAUGAUCUCAAAAUCUACGCUUCUGAUGAGGGACGAGUUCAGAUGACUGCAGCAGCUUUUGCAAAGGGACUUCUGGCCUUAGAGGGAGAGCUGACUCCUAUUCUUGUCCAGAUGGUAAAAAGUGCUAAUAUGAAUGGUCUGUUGGAUAGCGACAGUGAUUCUUUAAGCAGCUGUCAGCAUCGUGUUAAAGCAAGACUCCAUGAAAUUCUCCAGAGAGACAGAGAAUUCACUGCUGAUGACUAUGAUAAGCUUACUCCAUCUGGAAGCAUCUCAUUGAUAAAAUCAAUGCAGGUUAUUAAAAAUCCUGUAAAGACGUGUGACAAAGUCUAUUCCUUGAUCCAGAGCUUGACUUCUCAGAUCAGGCAAAGAAUGGAAGAUCCAAAGUCUGCAGAUAUUCAGCUGUACCACAGUGAAACACUAGAACUGAUGCUGCGCAGGUGGGCCAAGCUGGAAAAAGACUUUAAAACAAAAAAUGGAAGAUAUGAUAUUAGCAAAAUUCCUGAUAUCUACGACUGUAUAAAAUAUGAUGUGCAGCACAAUGGCUCCUUAAAAUUAGAAAACACAAUGGAAUUAUACAGGCUUUCAAAGGCUUUAGCUGACAUUGUGAUCCCUCAGGAAUAUGGUAUUUCUAAGGCUGAGAAACUAGAGAUUGCCAAAGGUUACUGCACUCCUCUAGUUAGAAAAAUCCGUUCUGACCUUCAGAGAACUCAAGAUGAUGAUACUGUAAAUAAGCUUCACCCUCUUUACUCCAGGGGUGUUAUGUCCCCUGAACGCCAUGUUCGUACGCGGCUCUAUUUCACCAGCGAGAGUCAUGUCCACUCCCUGUUAUCUACCCUUCGUUAUGGUGCCUUAUGUGAUGAAUCAAAAGAUGAACAAUGGAAACGAGCUAUGGAUUAUUUAAAUGUUGUCAAUGAACUCAAUUACAUGACACAGAUUGUUAUCAUGCUUUAUGAGGAUCCAAACAAGGAACUUUCUUCGGAAGAACGUUUUCAUGUAGAGCUGCACUUUAGUCCAGGAGCCAAAGGCUGUGAGGAAGAUAAAAAUUUACCAGCUGGAUAUGGAUACAGACCUGCCUCCAGAGAGAAUGAAGGCUCGAAGAAAACCUCUCAUAGAAAUGACAGUGAUGAGGAGGCACAUGCUCCUAAAAGAGACGAAGCAGAUCGGUCAGUAGUGAUGUUCAAGCCAAUGGUAUCAGACCCAAUUCACAUACACAGAAAGUCACCCCUUCCAAGAUCCAGGAAGAUUGGUUCUGUUGAAGAAGAGAGCCCCCUGAGUGUGUCUAGCCCAGAGUGUAUUGGUACCUGGCUGCAUUACACCAGUGGUGUGGGUACUGGGCGUCGAAGACGCAGAUCAGGGGAACAAAUCACUUCUUCCCCUGUCUCCCCUAAAUCAUUGGCUUUCACAUCCAGUAUUUUUGGCUCAUGGCAACAGGUCCUCUCAGAAAGCAAUAGUAACUUACGAACACCGAGAACUAUUCUGGAACAAAAGCAGAGUGGUUUAGGGUCUCACUGUGCGGGCCUGUUUAGCACCUCAGUGCUCGGGGGUUCUUCAAGUGCACCUAACCUACAGGAUUAUGCUCGUACUCAUCGUAAAAAGCUGACUUCUUCUGGCUUCAUAGAUGGUUUUGAACUGUAUUCCAUGGUGCCUUCUAUUUGCCCUUUGGAAACGCUACACAACUCUUUGUCUCUGAAGCAGGUGGAUGAAUUUCUUGCCUCUGUUGCUGCUCCAUCAAGGGAAAAUCUACAGGAGACAUCUUCUCCAACUUAUAUGACUCCAUUGUCAGGAAGAAAGAUUUCUUUAAAUACAUAUACCCCUGCAAAAAUUCAGCCAACACCACUUGAAACUUUGCCUGAAAGGCUAGCGAUAGAGAAGCCAACCUUAUCUACCCCUGGAUCUUCUGUUUGUGAAUCUGAUGUUAAGCUAUCUCUGGAAGAGGCCUCACUAGAUGUAGAACUUAGUGGUGAAACUCUUUCUGAGAAGAAGUGA